ACCGGGUAGGGUCCAGGAGAGGAAUCUGCCAAGAUGGGCUGUGCGUCUCCAAGCCCAACACACCUAUUAGGCGGGAGAUGGGGGAGAAAUAACGUUAUCUAGUGUGGAGGGCUGUGGCUUGAACUCUUCCAGCGCGAGACCCCCAUCGCCAUUCCGAAACCAGACACUGCCCCUCCCCCAUGCUGGAGCGUGACCCCCUCUUCCUCGCCGGAGGCCUGUGGCAACUGGGUCCGUUGGGAGAGAACCAUGGAGGAAAAGCCUUUCAAAGCGUCGGCCAAGUCUUCAGUGAAGUCGAACCCGCAUAAAGACAUCCGGAAUCUGUGGACCACAGCCACAUUGUCGCAACCGAAGAUGAACGUGCAGCUGUCCAAUGUCUACAGGGACUCCGAACUGAAGAGCAGCAGCGUAGGCAGCAAGACUCGCGGGUGGUACAACCAGAAAAAUGCCAGCCACCACUCGGACGGCGGCUGGGAAGAAUGGGAUGAUGGAGAUGACAACGUCAGCUUCAAGCAAGAGGAGCUGGACGACCACACCUUGUUGGAGCUGCACCCCGGCAGCUCCUUUGGAAGCCAUUUAGAAGAGGAGGACGAUUCCAGCACUGAGAUGGAAAUAACUUCCUCAAUGCCAUCACUCAGUAUCUUGAAGCACACACCCCAUCAAGCCUACUGGGUGGAGCAGCAGACCAGGCUGCCGCUGCCCCUGAUGGAACUCAUGGAAAAUGAAGCUCUGGAAAUCCUCACCAAAGCCCUCCGGAGUGAGCCUCUCCCCAGCUCCCAUAAGAGACCUUGGGGAAUUUUGCAGGGCUUGGCCCCCUGGGAGUGGGGUUUCAAGGUGUCUGCCUUGUCAGAUUCCACUCACAAAUAUUCCAGAAGCCCCACAAAAAAUAAAAAGUUGGGGGACUGGGCACAGAGACACCAAGUGGGGAGGUCAUGGGGUGACUGCCAGGGGCCUGGACUUCAACCCCUCUAGCUGAUGUGGCUUUUUAAAGGCUGUUUCUCCACCUUCCCAAUGGGGAUGACAGCCUUUGUGUGGCCUUGGCUCCUUCCCUGGGUAAGGUGUAGAGCUUUUGGACAGAUUAUUUGGGUAAACUUCCCCUGGUUUGCCCUGCUUAUGAUGUGAAGGGGGGUAGGGCUGGCUAACGGUUUAGGGUGGGAGGUCCAGGAAUUCUCCGAAAAGCUGCCUGCUGCCCCUGCCCUAGUUCAGGCCUGCAACAUCUUCUCUAACCUUGCCUUCAUUCAUCCUGCACCUCAGCACCCCAUCCUACUCUGCAUCCCCCAUCUAUUUUGAGCACAGAUCUAUGACUUGAAACAAAAAAGCCCGGCAGGGCCCAGCACCAUGGAGAUCCAAAGUUCCCCAAACUAACACAGAACAGAGCGCCCAGUGCUCCUGCCAACCCAAGUCACUCGCUGUUCAUCAAAUCACACAUGCGGCAUCUGCUGCUAACUGCCCUGAGUGGAGCUCUGCCCUCCAGGUUACCAGUCAGGGAUCGGCAGGAAUCACUUCCUGACCAAGCAGCUGCAGAGGUACAUCGAGGGGCUCAAGAGGCGCCGGAACAAGAGGCUGAACGUCUCUGUGUAUUGAGAACAC